AUGUCAACAUUGAGACGACGCUUUAAUCCCGCGCUCACAGUGAGAUGAAUGCGUGAGACGAGCAUCUGAAGACUUUUCUCAUUGAUGUCGAGCUACACUUCCCCUCUCACAGUUUGAAGUUGGUGGAGGAAAAAGGGUUUGACUAAACUCCAGAGAUUGUGUGAGGAGUCGGAGGAGGAGGAGGAGGAGGAGGGGAGCUCGGCAAAGUCAUUUGUUCCAAACCUGGAAGACAGGACGCCCUGAUGUGUCACAGAAGCAAUCUGAGGGGUCAUGAGAGGCUCAACAAGGUAGGAAACAGUAAACGCAACACACAAAAUUAUGCUUAUUUUUGCUAACUUUUAAAUCUCUCCUACAGUUUUGCCAUCUGCAGGAGUCCAAACACCAUUACAACCAAUCUGAGAAAGGAAUAAUAAUUAUUUGUAGAGCUUUCCAAGAAGAAGAAAAUACAGAACAAAAGUGAUACUAAUAAAACAUAAGCAUAUGCAUAUGCCUUCACCAACUUAAACACAUAUAUACCUGUAAGUAUGCAGGCAUGUGCACAUGGCUGCAAAUGCAUACACACCCAUACACACAGUAAGUCUAUCAAGUGUCAGGAAAGGCCACUCUGUAAAAGUCAGACGAGGUUUAAAGACGUGAACAGAGUCAGCUAAUGGAGCAAGAACUGAAAAGGCUCGAUCGCCUUUUGUCUUUAACCUGGAAUGAACCGAACACUUUGCUCAUAUUGUAGCUGAUGGACAUCUGUAACAUGUGACUACGGGUGCUGGGGGGGUUUAAAAGGUUUAAAGGUGCUUCAUGUUGGAAAAUUGGGGCAACAACUUUUGGAUUCCUAAAUGUAGUCAGUGAGGAACUUUGUGCAAAUAUACCUUGAAAAUAUUACAGCAAAAAUGACCAGGGAGAAUCCCAUAAAUGCCACAUGAAAAAGGACGUUUAAGUAACUAAAUUAUUAUCAGAAACUCCUACAAAUAUCAGGUCGUAAUAGGUUGCAUGCUGGUCAGCAGCAAAAAAGACUGUACAAAACAGACCCAGCAAUCACUGCUCUGAUAAAUGAGUUUUCAAAGUGGGUUUCAAACAAGUCAAAUUAUCUGUGCCCAAAUUGCAGGUGCAGUGUUAAAGAAACUGCGCUGUUAUUGAGCAGAGACCUGUCUUGAGAAUCACAUAUGUCAAAAUCAGAAAAAGUAGCUGUUAUAAGGAUACAGUAUGAUGGACAAACAGGAGUGCGCAUGACUUUAGCAAGUGCUGCUUUUGACACGCAACCUAAUGUGACCUUUGCAGCUAUGCUUGUAAUGGUGAUUUAGUUAUUUUAAAGUUGUUAAGUGGGGUGUUUACAUGCAUUUGUCAGCCUCUUACCGCUAUGGGAACAUAUUGCUGUGAUAUUUCCACGCUAUCUUUCUAAAACUGUCUAGUUUUUUCUUCAUCAGGUCAAGUGCACACACUGCAUAAUGCAGAACAACUCCACAGAGGGCCCAGAGUUGUGAACCCAAUUUUGCAGACACCCAAUUUAAAGGACGGGCAGACAACAACAUGAUUCUGUGGGACUUGUUCUGCUUGUUGUGGAGAUUACUUCGGAGGCAGAGGGCAUUGUGUGGAGAUGGUAGUCAGUGGGAAAAAAAAUCAAGCCUUGAGCAGAACUGAUCCCACUUUACGCUUUUAGGGUCAGUGGUCGAAUAGGACGCUCGGCCUCCAGGUCCCCGUGACAUGGAUCAGGGGCCCCAACGUAUAUCUGCUGAUUACAUCUCCUGAAGUGGAAAAAAUGCAAAUAAUAAAUGUAUGAGCAACGUGCUUGUUUUUUUGCUUGAUUAAUUAUGCCGUUUAAUUCCAGAUCCACCACGCCGCUCCACCGUAUAAUUUCCCAGUGGUCUUGGCUGUUUCUUCUCUCACAUGCGCUCUCUCCUUUUUUUUCCUCAUUGCAAAAUGAAUCAUGGAUCCAACCGUCUGUACCCGGGGGAGAGCGGCGAGCUGGCGAACGAGCUGACCAAUCAUGAGCAUCAGAGGCAGACACACAGACGGAGGGAGCCUAUUGUUGUGUGCUGCACUCAUCAAGUUAGGAGACAACUACCGAUUUGGCCUGAAGAAAAUUAAAAGAUGGAGUCUUAUCCAGUCAGACUGGCCAGUGUGUGUUUAUCUGAGUGGGUGGCAGAGACUCAGCGCCAUUCAUAAUGUCAACUGGGACCAUGACCGCUCCUCUAUUCCCAGCCUGGCCAACCCUCUCUCAGCCUCCUGACAGUUCCAGCUCGAGGUGCUGGUGGAGCUGGUGUGGUGGGGGGGCACCGCCAGGGCAGAGCAGGGGCUCCGGAGAGGAGGAGAAGAAGAAGAGAAGGAAGAAGAAGAAGAGGAAGAGGAGGGAGACAAAGUGGAUCAGAUCAACAGCAGCAGACUGAACGCUGGAAAUGCCCGUCAGGUCUGACUCUGUCACACCCUCAGCCAAUCAGAGCCUUCGUUAACAGCGGCGUUGGCACGUGAUUGGGAGAAGGAUGGCAACCAUGCCGUUUGUCAGCGAGGGGAAGUGCGUGAGUGUGGAGUGGGAUUUCCUACAAGGACUACUGGCCAAGCCUCCCACCCUUCCCUGUCUCCAGAACCUGCGUAAAGAGAAGUCUCGCAAUGCGGCUCGUUCACGCCGGGGGAAGGAGAAUUUCGAGUUCUUCGAGCUGGCCAAGAUGCUGCCUCUGCCGGGGGCCAUCACCAGCCAGCUGGACAAGGCCUCGGUCAUCCGGCUGACCAUCAGCUACCUGCACAUGCGCACCUUUGCCAGUCAGGGAGACCCACCCUGGAGCCCUCUGAUGGAGGGAGACAGCAACUGCAGCAAAGUAAGACGAUCAUCUCAUUCCCUGGCCACUGACAUGUUUGAGCAGCACCUAGGGGCGCACCUCCUGCAGUCUCUGGAUGGCUUUGUGUUCGUGGUCAGUCAGGAGGGACGUUUCCUCUACAUCUCAGAGACAGUUUCUAUCUACCUGGGACUCUCACAGGUGGAGCUGACUGGCAGCAGCGUGUUUGACUACAUCCACCCAGCGGACCACGUCGAGAUGGCAGAGCGGCUGGGAAUCAGGCCGCAUCUAAGAGCCGAGGCCGGCUGCCACACGGGUCCCGAGAGCGCCUCCAGCUCCGCGUCCACCUCCUCCCUGGCUGGUACCCCUGAACCCGCUCCGUCUAGUCCUCAUUCUCCUGCUGAUGAUCCUCCCGACCGCGGCUUCUUCAUCCGCAUGAAAUCCACACUCACCAAAAGAGGCCUGCACGUCAAGUCGUCUGGAUACAAGGUAAUCCAUGUGACAGGACGAAUCCGCUGCCGCCCUGCACUUGUGCCGGGCUCCGCUCGCUCAGUGCGUCGACCGAUGGGUCUGGUUGCGCUGGCACACACCCUCCCGCCCACCACGCUUAAUGAAGUCCGCAUGGAGAGUCAAAUGUUUGUCUUCCGCGUCAACAUGGACCUCCAGGUCACAUAUUGUGAGAACAGGAUCUCAGAGUAUAUGGAUAUGACCCCAGCAGAGGUGGUGGGACACACCUGUUACCACUUCAUCCACGUAGAAGACCUGGAAAACCUGCGGCAGAGCCAUGAGGACUUGCUGAGGAAAGGCCAGGUGGUGACCGGCUACUACCGCUGGCUCCAGAGACGAGGAGGCUACCUGUGGAUCCAGUCCACUGCCACCGUCUCCAUCAACCACAAAGCGCCCCAUGAACGCAACGUCAUUUGGGUCAACUACGUCCUGAGUCGAACAGAGAUGCCCGACACUCCCCUGGAUCUACUGCAGCUACCAGAGAAUGUACGAGCAGAGCGACUUCGAGUUAGCUCAUCCCCCACCGACAGCUCCCCACAGGCCCGAGGCUCGCAGCCAGUGAAGAGCUCAGUGGGGAAGAGUGACCCCGACACUAAAGGCAGAGAGAAAUUCACUGCAGCCACCAUCCAAUCAGAGGACAGGAGAAAGCGCCUGCUGAGGUCCGACCCCGAGGGCGCUCCUCCCGAAACCCGUCGCAGACUGGAGGAGCUCCGUCACGCAGAAGAGAGUGUAUCGGCCUCCUCUGACCUGGCGAGCGAAAGCGAGGGGGAGGAGGAAGAAGAGACAGAGUGGGACCAGGGGGGAGACAGUGACAGAUUGAAACAGGAAGACGGCGGGGGAGGAGGUAAACAGAAUAGGGGAGGAGACACCCCCACUAGAGGGGAGAGAGGGAGCAGGGUGCACAACGGCCGGGCUGUGAUCCAGCAGCUCAAGAGCGUAGUGACCCCGUCUCCCCUGCCUGGCAGCCCCAGCAUCAAGACUGAACAUGAAGCCCUGACCACCGGGGGGCGUUGGGGGUCACACACACAGACCUCCACCUCUCACACACACACCUCCCAGCCCCAACCCUCACAUGCACACACACCCUCCAGCAGCCUCAACGGCGACAGCCCCACCACCCCGAUCCCCGACUCUUCUUCCAGCAGUGAAGCCCCCCCAAAAGGGCUGUUCACUCCCCCGUCCCCGGCGCUGUCCCCCGCCAUGUCCGUGUCCUCCCCGCUGCCUCGCGAGGACAGAGUUGUGUCGGGGGUAGUCAGUCGGAGCAGUGGCGGUGCAGGUAGUGCUCCUGACUUUGAGCUACUCCAGAGACUGGCUGCAGGCGGUGCAGCGGGGCGGGUCCUCUUCCACCCCCUUGCCCUCGGCCCGCAGGGCCCUCAGAGCCUCUACGCUCCUAGCACUAUCCGCUACGCUCCACCUGAGCUGCCCCCCUCCCACCACCACAGCGCAGGACACAGCGAUGGCCUGCAGCUACGCUCAGACCACCACAAGGGACCCCCGCCAACCUUCUUCCCCCACCUACAGCGGUUGGCCGGCUUGCCACCCUUCAGUGGUUUCUCCCCGUCUGACAGCCCUUUCUCCUCCGGCCUGCCCUUCUGUAUGAAUGGACUGAGGGGGGCUGCAGGCUCCGAGGAGGACUGAGACUCAGAAGAGAGGAGGUGAGAGGAGAAGAUAAAAAUGAAGGACGGAGCAGAGUGACAGACCAGAAAGAGAGACAUUGAAAAGGGCAGGAGAGACAGAAGUGGCAGGACAUUAAGCCUCUAAGGACGUUACUAAUUGGACACUGAGUUGAAUAACUGCAAUUUUAAAAUAUGUGACAAGUCACUGCCAUCGGGAAUUAUUGUGUCUGUUGUGGACAAGUGACAGUGACUCUCGGAGAAAACGGGAUGUGGAAACUUUUGACUGGUUGUCCCUCAAGACUUUCCGUCUCUACAACAAUAAUGAACUCUGCUCUGUGUCUUUCUCUCGAUGACUGUGUUGAUUUCUGUGUCUCUUCCACUCAGAGAAGCCAUAUUGUAUAUAGAGACAAAACCAUAAAGACCCUCAGCUCACAUCCUCCUCACUGUCACUCCAAUUAACCCAAUUAACCCUAAAGCCAGUAGAAACAGAUGGACACUUGUCUGUAGGAACGAAAGCGACUUUGGAAUAUAAAUUUUUAUUAUUGCAGUAUUAUACAAAUCACCUCUCGCACUGAGAUCCAGGUGAGAGGUUGAUUAAAGGGUUCUUCCUUAAAUCUGAUGGAGAAAGCCCUCUGGUGUUUUUGUAUUGAGAUUCAAAAUGAUAAUAAUAAAUAAAAAAAUCAAGUAUUCAUCCGUCAGCCAUACUUAAAGCACACUGUUGGGACAAAAAUAUGAACAAUAAAGUCCCAGACAUUCCAUUAUAUAUAAGGGAAGAAAAUGCAAUGCAGACAGGACGUUAUUUCUGUUGUUUGAUUAUAGAAAGGUCACUUGUUUAACUGAGUAUUAAUUAUAGUAUAUUCUGUAUGAUGCUGCGAUUGUGUUUGUGUAUGAAAGCCAUAUUCAUGUUUUUUUUUAUCACCAGAUGGAAGGAUGGUGUGAAAAAAUGUGUCUAGACAGACUAAAUAACAUUGUUUUAUUGGAUGUACAAUAUUAUCCAAAUACCUUUUUUUUUAUUCUUUAAAAAGGAUAUUUCUGAAAAUGUUUUUUUAGGAGGGGAAAUGGUGCUGGACACAAGUGUUUGUUAUCAUUUAAACCUCUGUGUUUUUUUCUGAGCACUUACCGAAAUUUGUUCUGGUGUGAACUCAAAGCACUUCAUCACUUAGCACUCACUGCGUGAUCCUGUUUAAAAAAAAAAAAAGAAUAAAAAAAACAUGCAAGAGUGGUCACUAAUAUCAUAGCCUGACCACAGUGCAGUCGAGGGGAUUAAUGGUCAUUUAAAAAGGCAGAUAUAUAAACAGACCGCAUGUGGUCAUUAAAAGACGACCGUCGCAGGUCAAUAAAAAUUACCAGAAUUAUUCUGAUAUUGGUUUCGGUUCAAUCCAGUCAACCUGAAAUAAAGUUUUAAAUUAAAAAGUGGAAAUUUUAAAACACUUUAAAUUUCUGUUUCGCUCUGAUUGAUUGGAUUUCCUCUCAGGACUGAAAAAAACACUUUUUAUAUGAAAAUAAAAAAACACAAUCAGUGCAUUUAAAUAAAGUGAGUCACAAUUUGUUGAUUGUCUAAAAGAUACUCCAAUAAAUUCAAAAUCUUCAUUCCAAAUUGUAAUAUUUAAUAUCUGAAAUGUGACCCCCUUUUAACAAAAUGAACACGAUUAAAAAAUUGUGACAAUAAUAUGAUAAUUAUUAAUGAUACACACACACACACUCAGAUAACUUUUUAGCACUUUGGAAUAAAGUUCUGCAAACUUAUGUCAUGUGAUCAAAAUACGCCAUAUGGGAGUUGCUUUUUUUUUGGCUUCCAAAUUGAGAUUACGGUCGACUGUCUGAUCCGAGGGCUCACUUUACGUGGGAAUCUCUAACGUUCUGAUGUCUGACAGAAAAAAAAGCAGAAGAGACAUCUAUAAUUGUGAAGAUCCGACGUGCACUACACACCCACACCGUAGCUGUCACAUGCAAAUAUGUGUGAGUGCACAUACUCUCGGGUGUUUAAUGGUAUAACGUGUGUGUGUGUGUGUGAGAUUGAGAGCGUGUGCAUCUGCUUGUACAAGUGUGCAUGGUUUUUGUUUGUUUGUUUGUUUCUUUUGGUUGAAUUAAAUAGCUAACCUCCCCCCUUGCCCAUCACUGUGAAUCUAACGUUAUCCUCCCAUCUUUGUGAAUACUCCGCCCGCUCAUCAAAUAAAAUGAACAAAUGUAAAGAGAAAAACAGUGAUACAGAUGACGAUAACAAUAAAAUAUUCCAGUAGAGGAGCACAA